UCAGAGCUGGGAGAGAGAGCGAGAGAGAGACGAGCGCUCCGUCACGACCCCACGACAAACUAACUGCUGAUACUGUAGCCAGUGCAAAAGCUAAAAGGAAACACGCCAAAGCGUUUCACAGUCAGGGCUCGUAGUCUUUGGUAGCCAGUCGUCUCUUUGACAGUCUGAUAGCCAGACUGGGGUGUCAGUUAGUCCGGUAGUAUGCUCUAUGAACGAGGAUGGCCAAGUGGACCUGGGUGCCUGUAGUCUUCGCGAUCCUGGGACUGCGCUGCAGCGUGUCAGGACAGGACCUGCGCCCCCCGAGGAACCUGACUGUCGUUUCUGUGAACACCCAGGUGGUGCUGCUCUGGGCCCCCCCUGAAGGAGCCCCGCAGGCAGUCCUGUACGAGGUCCAGUACAAAAGAUAUGACUCCAAGGAUAAGUGGAAGAAGGUGAAGGGCUGCCAGCAGACAAACUCCACAAGCUGUGAUCUGUCCAAGAAACUCAAGCGCCGCGAGGCCUUAUACCUGGCCCAGGUCCGUACAGUCCUGCAGAACCGGACCUCAAAGUGGGCCAUCAAAAACAAAUUCCAGAUCCGUGACACUGUGCUGGAGCCCCCUGGGUGUGACGUGACAGUGACAGCACACUCCUUUCUAGUCAGGCUGACCCUGAAGAGCAAUGCCACGCUGCUGGAGCGGUAUCCCUCAGGGCUGAGGUUCAGCAUCUACCUGCGACACCAACACCAGGACAACAAGACGUUCGACUUGAAGGAAGAUGAGAUGGAGAUGGAGUUAGAGAAGUAUGUGCAGGGAGGGGAGAGCUACUGUGUCAUCACCGGUGUCCAGGACAUCUCAAGACACGGGCUGUGGUUCUCUGAAGAGACGUGCGUGCUGGUGCCAGUUCCAGAGAACCCGGGCACCUCGCUGGUCAUUGUUUUCUCCGUGCUGGGGCUGCUGACACUGCUGAGCCUCUCCCUGCUGUUUCUCCACCUGGUUCUCAAGAGGCCGACCGCUCUGCCCUCUGUGCUGAAGUCUCUGGGAGUCCCGGAGUCCGGCUGGAAGCCUUUGGUGGUUGGCAGCGUUACCGUGGAGACAGUGUUUUUUCCCUCGGAUCGGAUGUGGUUCCUGACGGAGGGGAAAGAGAGGCGUGGCAGCAGCAGCAGCGGCGUGAGCCUGGAGCAGUGCCUCCUGGAGGCACCGAGAGGCAGUGCGAAAGGAGGAGAGGGGAGGGGAGAGGCAAAGGGACCCACCGCGGAGCUGCAGAAGGACACAGACAGUGGUUGUGUGAGCCUUGGCCAGUGCUCCCUGCAGGAGGGGAAGUGUGGGGACAGUGGGACCAGCCUGGGACAGGGCGGCUCCCUCAAAGAGGACAGUGGGGUGAGUGUGGGACUGAGCCCCCUCCUGGGGAAUGCUGAAGUGCUGGAGUGCAGCGUAGAGGUGCAGAACUGUGGGUAUCGCAGUCAGCUGCCUCAGGCUCUGCUGCUGAGCUUGCCCGAGCCAAUGGAAGACAGCCACAGUGACUGUGAGGGCUACAGACCUGGCUUCAGAGGCUGUGUGUGUUCUGGGAGUGGAGACUGCUUCCUGUGCAGGCUGGAGGGACAUUGUGGACAGCAGGACACUGGGGACAGCGGGACAGGGCAGCUCAGACUGGGGACUAAAGGAGUUCAGAGUGUGAGAGAGGAGAGCGAGGUGGACAGACAGAACCACGCUGCAGGAGGCCAGAGGGAGCUCCUUGUCUGUGUCCAGAAUGCAUUGCAGCACUUCUCCGAUGGAUACCUGAAGAAGACAGCCCCCAAACUGCAGCCCUGUGAGCGGGACGGUGGGGGACUCCAGGGGUUUGGGGUACAAGGGGGCACGGACUCGAUCGAGCCAGGCCUGACCCCUGCACACAGACACUCUGUUUUGGGGUCUGCCCGGGACACCUCACUUCUCUUCUCCGCACCCCAGCUUCCCUUCCUGGCUGUGCAGAGUGAGAUCCUUCCAGGGCAGUCUCUGUCUUUAACUGAAGUACAAUUGACAUUUAACUGAUGCCCAGACUCCUGGAUGAUAUAUUUACAUAGAUUUGAUCAAAAACACGCACUGAUGGUCAUUUGAAUGUAGUUUUGAAAUGGUGGCAGGUUUGGAGUUCCCCUUUUUUAUUUUUAGUUUCACUUGAAAUGUGAAAAAUCCCAAAUCACCACAUUUGUGGCUUUGUAAUUCCAGGGACUUUUAGAUCGCUCCCAAAAUACGAACAUCAAAAAUGAUCUGAUACAGGUUUGUUUUGUACACUACUGUGUAGAUAUAUUUAUGACCGAGUCUUUACAUUUACAAAUCUAUAAAAACACAGGGAUCAGAAGACUUUGAAUGUACUUUAAAAUGCCUUUAGCUGAGUUAAGCAAGUGGCACUAGCUGGCUGUUUAUCACGCUCAGAGAUUCAGUGCCUUCACUGCAGGAAAUCAUUCUGAGAAGAUGCCUGCACCCCAGAGGAUAAUGUAAUCCAGUGACAUCCUCAGGGAAUAUGGUACUCAUGUAUAUUAGGUGUCUCUAGUGACACAGCAAUUACACUGCAACGCAGUAACACACAAAGCAGUAACACAGUAAUAACACAAAGUCACAGUAAUAACACAGUAAUAACAUAGUGAUCACAUAAACCCAUAGUAAUGACAUAAACACACCGUAAUAGCAUAAUAAUAACACAAAGACACUGUAAUAACACAACGACACAGUAAGGACACAGCAAUACACAAACACAUAAAUAACACAGUAAUAACACAUGCUGUUACAAUGCAGCAACAUGGUUCAUUACAAAAUGAAAACUAUUAGCCGCCAGCAUCCUGUGUAACUAUACUGUUUGUAAAGCGGUGUCUUUACAAUGUAAUAACUCUGUAACCAGAAGUGCAAUCACAGUGUAAUUACCAUGCAUCCGAAUGUGAAGUGUUACCUGAAAUACACUAAGGUACACAUUUUUGUCUCACUGUUAUUACGUUGCAAAAGCACACACGGUGGCCCGGUCAUUACAAUGUAAAUGCUAUAAACACAACCAUCCUGGAGUGUAAUGAAUGUGUUAUUACACUGUAACUGACACGUGACAGAGUGUCUGUCGAUGUGCAUACAAAGAUUGAGUCAGGGUGUGUUUACCAGGACUGAACAGGGCAUUGAUUUCCUUGUGUGAUGUGCCUGCAGUGCCAGUGUGUACACGCUGUAGAGGACUGGGGCUCCUUUAUUUAAUCGAUGUCUGUUGCUUGUUUAUUUAUUUUGUAAAUAUGUAAUUAUAUUUAUUAAUACAGUUUGUAUACCUCAC